GCCUGCCGCUCUGGAAGCCGGAGAAACUUCUCUUCUCGCAGAUUACUCAUCGGAGUUUGCCAAAGGUCGUGGAAAGGAGCUGGUUACGAGGCAUCGUUCCGACCCAGUUUCUCGCCCUCAUCCUGGCUGGGAGGAAAGGGCGAAACAGGCGUUGUCAAGACAGGUUCAGGUGUUUCCCAACCCGGAGCCGGCAGUCCUGCUCGGAGGCUGAGACGUGAUUCGAACCCGGGUUUCAAAAUAUGCCAGAGGGGUAUAAGGAACGGGACACAAAUAUUUACACUGGACGGCCACCCUGCACUGCAGGACUUCUCCGGCUGAGGACCUGGGAGGAACGUUUUGGAGGCGGCCGCCAGCGGGAAGAGGGGUGCGCGGACAGACCGUCUUCGCUGGGGGGAGCCCUCCAAGACCUCUGCAUUCCCCCCUCUUCUGGCUGGGGAGGAGGACGAUGGCCGGAUCCAGCCCGCUGACGUUCCUGGUGACGCUCUCUCUCCAGUCCCUCAUCGCCUCCACGCUGGGCCAAGUAGACAACAGCACAGCAGAACCCACGUCGUCCACCACUGCUCGAUAUCACCUUUCGAGCUCGGAGCUCGCAGCAGCCAUCGCAGUGCCGACCGUCUUUUGCGUCAUCCUAUUGAUCGGCCUCCUGGUCUUCAUGGGACUCAAAAUCCGGGAGAAGCGCCAGACGGAGGGCACGUACCGGCCGAGCAACGAGGAGCAGGUGGGUGCCCGCGUGGCGACGAACGCCAACCUCAAGCUGCCUCCGGAGGAGCGACUCAUCUGAAGCGGGGAAAGGGCGCCGCUCUUGGGCGCUAACUGGCAUGGAGCCGCUUGGAGCUUAAAGAUGAAAUGGACCUACCGCUUGCCGGGACGGCCCCAAGCUUCCGAGACGAGCCGGCUGCACGCUGCUGUUGACGGGAGAGGCCGCCGUGGCUGUCACGGGGCUUUUGAGGACCCUGAGAGCCGACGGCUGGCGCUUGAUGCAACGUCCAUCUCAGAUCUCAUUUUGACCGGCUUGUUGGAUGGAGGUGGCAAGCUGGUGCCAACGGCCUGGUGCUGGGUUCUCCUUCCUUUGCGGGGUGGGGGAGGGGAAGAAGAACUCUCCUCCGUGCCGCCAGAGCUGACACCGGUUGUCGUCUUGCGCAUCUACGGAAAGGACACGGGAGUUCCGGUGGUUUCCGGAGGCCCGCCACUUGUGGUCUGGAGCACGCGGGAGGGGGGGAAUGUUGGGAGUUGUAUAUUUAAUUUUUUUUUUAAGCCAAGUGUAUUGCACUGUGCCUUGAAGCG